GUCGCGGUGCAGUGCAGUACCUAGUGCUGAAGAUUAUAUGAGUGGAUUAACACGUGAAUCAACAUGAGGACGUUAACACUUCUUCUGUCUUGGAUAUCUGUAGCAUCAGCUGCCAUCAGCGUAGACGGGAUGGACCGAAGGAAGUACCAAUGUCCAGACAACUUUGUCCGCGUGGCGAGCAGCUGCUAUUACCUCAGUGUGUACAUGGAUACGUGGCACGGAGCGACAUUCACUUGCCAAACUAUGAACGGCAGCCAUCUUGCUGCACCAGACAGAAAAUGGAAGGACAGGCGGCUCAAGAAACUUCUUAGCAUGGACAUGGCUGCACGCCUAGAGAGGUGGAUCGGAGGCAUUUUUGACUGGGGCAGACACAAAUGGGUGUGGGGAAUCACAGGUCGACCAAUCAAAUACCAGGGAUUUUCUCGCCACUCAAAAACGGGGGAUGAGUGGCACUGCAUGGCUAUGGAUCCAGUCUACCUUUACCGCUGGAAAUCAGAGAGCUGCCUCAAUCGUAAACACUUCAUCUGCGAGCUUCCCCUGCGCAACAUUGGGGCAAAACCCACCGACAUCUACCCUCGGAAACGCAAGGGCGGGAAACAUCGGAGGAAACAGCGCAAGAAGAUGAACAAGGAACCAAACAGCAUUUUGUAAAUAGACUAGAAUGAAGAGCUUGAGCGGAUAACCUUAACUUGAAAGAUAAAAAUACACUAGAGUCCUGCUAGUCCAAACCGCCUAUUAAAAAACCUGUUUCGAACCUGGUAAAAGGUUCUAAGACCAUCUAUACAUUAAAAUUCAUGCUUUAUUCUGUAAAUCGAACCAGGGUGUCCAACCGACCUAGAAACCAGGAAUUACGUGAAUUUUAAAGACCAGGGAAAAUUCUGAGAAUAGUAGGCUAAUCUACAUAAAUUGUGUAUGGAAUCGGGAAAUUUGGUAGAAUUCCCAAUAGCUUAUGGCCAAGUGCCAAUUUUUUUAUGAAAUACCAUUGGUUCUCUUUUAACAUUGUCAUAAAGUAAGAAACAUUUACUACUUCUCUGUGCAGGAUGAUCGCAGGAGAUGAUUACGGUUUCUCCAUGAUCUUGGGAGAAAUAUUAUCGCUAUUUCACGUCUUAAAUAUCAAAUUUGAUUUUGUUACGCAAUUUUACUGAUUUUUAAAUAAUUUGAAUAACUUUCUAAUGAGAACAGUACAGAAAGUUAAUAUACAGCAUUGUACGUGUUAUUAAAUUUACGGAAAGUAAAUAAAAGAUAUGUCUACUAACACUUCAAACCAAUAUUUACGCUUAUUUUUUCAUUCGCCUAUUGGAUCUGAUGAUGAUUGGGUCUGGAGUGUCCAAUCGAAAUUGAUCACCACCACUUACCAUCAUUUAUGUAUAUUUAACGUCUUGUGGGUUAACAGUAAAAGCUUAAAUAUGUAUUUUAAGUGUUAUUAGACGAUCUUUUAUUUACUUUCCGUAAAUUUAGUAACACGUACAAUGCUGAUCACAAAGUUAUUUAAGAACAGUGUCCGGUCCCUAUUAAAAUUAGCAGGAAUAUGGUGCUCCUUAUUAAUAAGACCUCAAGUUAUGGACCUAAUUUGUAGACCUUGUACUUUAAUGUAAUUUAAUGAAAUUAACUAUAACAUUUUUAACCACCCACCUGUAUGUUUAGUUAGGUAUAACUUAGGAAGUUGGAUAGAAUAGGUAUUAAAUAGAUUUUUUUGUGAUUUUAUUAGUGUGAUAAGAAAACUAUUGCUUUAUACUAAUACCUGGAUUUGUCAAAGAAUAAGCUAAGCUAAGAGACCUUUGUUAUGUUAACGGAAUGCAAAUUUAAACAGAUCACUCUCCAAAAUUAUUUUUAAAAUUGAGUGCUGAUAGAAUGCCAAAAAAAAGAACAUCUACCAUAACCUAUGAACUUAAUCCAGAAUAAAAGUUAAAAUUAAAAACGUAUGCCUAACUAAAAUUGUUUAUAGUGAAUACAGAUUUUGGUUGGGUAACAUAAAAUUUCGUUACCAUAUAUACACUAUAGUAUUAUCUGAUAUGUAAGUUAUUAUGACAUACCCUAAUUAUAAUAAUAAUAAUAUUAAAGAUUGUGUUCUCUGUGAUUUUACUUGUUGUAAAUUAGUUAGAAGCUAUUAUUAAUAUUUUUUCUAUGGAUUUCAAACUAAAAACAAAUACUUCAAUUUCUGUAUAUCAUAAUAUCACCUUACCAUAGUAAGAAGGCUCAAUAGAGUGACAUAAAGCUUUCUUAAGAAGUUACAAUGACCUAACUCUUUAAUUUAAAAAAAUUUUCUCAACGGUAAGUAGAAACUACUAGGUGUACAAUGCAGUUGUCUGCUUGCAAUAUUGAGCGGAGCCAGCAUAUUAAUUCAAUGUCAAUUAUAUAUUUGGUUCGCAUAAAUGUAAUGCCUAUUUACUGAUUCUAAAGUCAAUGGUACGUCCGGUUCACGUAGACGGAUUGAUUACUUGUAGUAUCCAAACUCAAUGGUGCAUGUAAAUGAAUAGUCUACUUGCAGUAUCCUAAAUCAAUUGUCCAUUUAUUUCGUUCAUUUAGAUAAAAUGCCGAAUUGCAGUAUCCGAAGUCAAUGGUGGGCUUAGGCCUACUUCUGCUUCACUUAUAUGGGAUGUCUAUGUGCAGUAUUCAAAGUACGUCAAAUGAUACGUCGGGUUCUUGUCAAAGAAUUGUCUAAUUGCAGUAUCGAAACUAUGAGUGUUAUAUUUGGUUCACCUUAAUGGAAUUCCUAUUUGUAGACUGCAAAUAGGAAUUGCAGUGCAUAUUCAUUAGUCUACAUUUAGUAUUCAUAGUCAUAAGUCUACAUUAAUGGCACGUCUUGCUCACAUAAAAUACUGAAAAAGUUAUUUACAGAAUCCAAACGCAAUAUGGUGCAUUCGCCUAAUUCUGGCAACCCUUAUGGUUAUUCAUUUUGUAGUAAAUUAUGCUCAAUGCUAUUAAUCAAAAGCAGGAGUGUAGGAUAAGAGAAGUUAAAGUCAAUGAUAUAAGAGCUUUGCUACGCUCUGCUCAAUAAUUUCUAUAUCCUGCAAAUGAAUCAUGGUAAACCUAUGCGAAACCUGCAUUAUUAAAAGGCAAUAACGAUUAUUAUUUGAGAUCGCAGGUUCGAAUCUCCUCGGCGGCCUUAAAAUUUUGCUUCUGAUUUUGUUAGAAUAUGAUUUUCUCUUAACUUCACUGAUCAGUUUUUUUAGACAUUUAUAACUUAAUUUUGUGAUAAGAAUGCAUUUUUAGCGAAUUUCCCAUAUAGGGAAUAAGCUAUUACCGUAGUACUCAUGGUAAGACCUGGACGCGGGACCGAUUUUUUUUUUCGUUUUGAGGUCCCUAGAGGCC